AGAAAAUCACGUUCAGACUUAGAUUUAGGGAGAGGAGGAGAACAGCUCCGUUCUCUCCCUUCCUUCUCGGCCUCGCUCCUCCUCUCAGUUCUCCUCAAUCUGCGGCUGCGUGUCUUCCUUCUUGCCAUUCGUUCGUUGUGCGGGAAAGGAAUUCUCGCAGACGAGAAGUUUGCGCCUCCAUCAAUUCGUCCUCAUGCCGCCGUCCCAACCUCCGCUGCAGGAUCUUCGCCGCAUCUUACGCGGCGUAUUCCUCGUCGCCGCUGAGGCCGCCCAGCGAUCUCCCACCCUCGAGGCCGCCAAGGCAGGGGACGUCCCGGCCCUCGUCUCUCGCGCCGUCAAGAACGCCCUCGUGUCUGCCACCGACCUUGCUGGACUUACUAGAGGAACUCCCCGGCAGGUCUCCUCUCCCAGGGCGUCCUCCGUCGUCUUCUUCGCGGAAGAUGAUGAGAUCACUGCAAAGCCAAGGACUACUAGCGAUCCAUCCAACUCGGAAAAGCCCCCGCCGCAACCCUGUGUCGGAGGGUUUCACGGUUCAGAGGCCUCCGUACCUGAAGCCGAGAAAGGCAUUAAUGAGGCCGAGAAAGUUGGUUCCUUGGAUGAUUCGAAAGCUGGCACUACGAAGGUACCUGAUGUUAUUCGAGAGAACGGUGAUCAGAAGGAUCCAGUCUUGUCUGAUCCAGUUGAGAAGGAGAUUCUUACCGAUGGAGUAAGAGAUGCUAUUCUAGUAAAACGCCGGCGGCCUCGCGAGAGAAGGGUUCCAUCUACUCCCUUUAGUAGGGCUCUUGGGUUUGCUGGUCUGGGAGCUGGGCUUGCUUGGGGUACAAUUCAAGAAUCUGCAAAGAGAAUUGUCUUUGGUAUACCCAACACAAAUGAGAAGCAGUCUGUCCUUUCACCAUUUUUAUCUGAGAAAAAUGCUGAACGUUUGGCGCUUGCGCUAUGUAGAAUGCGGGGGGCUGCUCUUAAAUUGGGCCAGAUGUUGAGCAUCCAGGAUGAGUCCCUUGUGCCAGCACCGAUAUUGGCAGCAUUAGAUAUUGUUCGCCAAGGAGCAGAUGUGAUGCCAAGCAAACAGUUGAAUGACGUUUUGAAUGCUGAACUGGGUCCUAACUGGAAAUCCAAAUUGAGGAGCUUUGAUUAUAAACCAUUGGCUGCAGCAAGUAUAGGGCAGGUUCACCGGGCUGUUUUAAAGAAUGGCAUGGAGGUUGCAAUUAAAAUACAGUACCCUGGUGUUGCAGACAGUAUUGACAGUGACAUAGAAAAUGUCAGGCUGAUACUAGAUUACACAAAUCUCAUUCCUAAAGGACUGUUUCUUGAUAAUGCCAUCAAGGUGGCAAAGGAUGAACUGUCUCGGGAAUGUGAUUAUGAGUUGGAAGCUGCUAAUCAAAAGAGAUUCCGUGAAUUAUUAUCUGAUUCAAAAGGGUUCUAUGUUCCUCGGGUAAUUGAUGACAUUUCAAGUAAAAAGGUCUUAACAACUGAGUUAAUUACAGGAGUUCCUAUUGAUAAAGUGGCAUUACUAAGUCAAGGAGUUCGGGAUUAUGUUGGGGAGAAAUUACUGGAAUUGACGCUCAAGGAGUUGUUUGCUUUCCAGUUCAUGCAGACAGAUCCCAACUGGAGCAAUUUUCUUUUCGAUGAAUCCGCCAAAAUCAUUAAUCUAAUCGACUUUGGUGCAGCUCGAGAGUAUUCAAAGAAUUUUGUGGACAACUACCUACGGAUGGUCAUCGCAUGUGCAAAUAGCGACAGAAAGGCAGUGUACGAGAUGUCUCAGAGGCUUGGCUUUCUUACAGGCGAGGAGUCAGAUAUCAUGAUCGAGGCUCAUGUCCAGGCAGCUUUUAUCGUCGGAAUGCCCUUCGCGAAGCCUGGUGGAUAUGAUUUCCGCACAGCCAACAUAACGAGAAGUAUUUCGAACCUCGGUGCAACCAUGCUGAAGCACAGGCUGACACCGCCACCGGAGGAGGCCUACAGCCUUCACAGAAAGCUCUCAGGUGCAUUUUUAGCUUGUAUCAAGCUUGGUGCCGUGGUUCCUUGUAGGGAGUUGCUACUGCAGAUUUAUGAGCAGUACCAGUUUGGCGAUGGUGGUGCGGAACUCUUGUCAAGCACAGCCUAAACUAUAAACUAUACAGCAGACUGCAUUUUUUUUAUUAUUUAUUUAUUUUUUUAUAUACAAUAUGGGAAUAAUCUUCUGCUACAAACUGCAGCGUAUUUCUGUAUUUCAACCAAUGAAGCAAAGUUUUCACUUUUA